CUCAUGCCUAGCAACAGUUCUUCCGUGCACCCUUUGGAUGAUGAGGACACGCAUUCGCUGGACUACCGGCGAGAAAAAGACCGCCGCUCCAGUUUGGCCAUAGAUGUCCAGCGUCGAGUCCAGCUGUUUUCGGGUUCGGACUGGAACCGGACCCGUAGAACUACGGUUGCAUACUUCCCCCCACACCGGAGUAUGACGGAGCUAAAUCAUUUUCGAGAGACUGCAGCAGGAGCUGGGGAGGAUAUCUUUGUUGAAGACAUAGUAGACGAGGAUUUAUCGUCUACUACAUUUUCCCGGUCGACGUCUCGUUAUCCUGAUCUGGACGCUGAAUUAGCCAGCCUUUUGUUUCGCGAUGGUGCCAGGAAAAUUGAUUUUGUCCUCGCAUUUCAGGACUGCGAUUCAAGACGCAGUGAAUUUCGAAAAAUGUUCCAGGAAAAUCUUCGAAAGGCUGGACUACACACAGAGCUAGAGGACAAAUCUUUAUCACAGGAUGGCAAAACCUAUUUCCUGAAGAUUCAUGCUCCUAAUAAUGUGUUGAGGAAGCAUGCCGAUGUUCUUGGAAUCAAAAGACCUAUUAAGGGAGGAGCAUGUCUAGAGAAAGAAAGAAAGGGCCCUUCGUCUCUAGGGGCCCUCGUUCCUCGAGCUUUCUGGGACCUUCUCAGUUAUGAUCGCGAACUGAUUCCAGAGGACAGUGACAAGGAUGAAGCUCUCACUCACAACGGGGACAUAAUCAACUACACCGAUGCUCAGCGCAGCCGGAUUGUGUGGGAGAUUUUGAUCCGGACGCCAUACCAUAGUGAUGGGAGAGCAAGCACGGGUGUUCUAUAUCUUGUGAGCAAUGGAACUUAUGCAGCAGCCUAUCCUUUACAUGAUGGUCCGUAUGGCAAAGGGGCGUUCCGAAAAGGUGAGGAAGAACCUAAUGCUCGUAGGCUCCUUUAUAGUGAGUGGUCUAGGGCUGCCUGUUGGUACAAGAGGCAACCUCUUGGUCUAAUCAGGAGUUAUUUCGGCGAGAAAACUAGCCUGUACUUCGCCUGGCUAGGUUUCUACACGACGAUGCUUAUCCCUGCUGCGUUUCUUGGACUGCUCACGAUGAUAUACGGCGUGUCGACCAUGCACACUAACAUACCUAGUCGCGAAAUCUGUGAUGAAAAUGGAGCUGGGUCGUUCGACAUGUGCCCACAGUGUGACCGCAAAUGUGAUUAUUGGAAACUCAAGGAGGGAUGUGUCUUCAGCAAGAUCGUACACCUGUUCGAUAAUUCAGCAACAGUUGGUUUUGCCGUCUUCAUGUCUCUCUGGGCCACCAUGUUCAUGGAGUUAUGGAAGCGGAAGCAAGCAACCUUGGCCUGGGAAUGGAAUCUGGCUGAUCUUGAUUAUGGCAUGGAACAGAUUCGUCCUGAAUAUGAGAGCACUGUUAAAAACUACCGACUCAACCCAGUGACCAUGGCAAUCGAGCCCUUCCUUCCAUUCUGGAGCAAGGUGUACCGGAUAGCUGCUGCCAAUUCUGCUGUUCUUUUUGUGCUGAGCCUUUUGCUCGCCACUGUGUUCGGACUCAUCGUGUAUCGCAUCAUCGUUGUGACGGUCCUGACGGCAUCCGAUCACCCAGUUCUUCAACCAUACGCCAAGAUCGCCACAUCAGUCACCGCUUCGCUUCUCAACUUGGUCGUCAUCAUCAUCAUGGACAAGGUGUACCGAAACUUGACUGCCCAAUUAACAAAUCUUGAACAACCGCGGACUCAGCGCGAGUAUGAGGACACCUUCACGUUUAAAAUGUUCCUUUUCGAAUUCAUCAACAUGUAUUCUUCCCUCAUCUACAUUGCAUUUUUCAAAGGAAGGUUUUUUGGGCAUCCAGGAGAUACGUUUACGCUUUUUGGCUUUCGACAAGAUCAAUGUGAACUUGGAGGCUGUCUCUUUGAAGUGUGCGUACAACUGGCGAUUAUAAUGGUCGGAAAACAAAUCCUCAAUAAUAUUUCAGAACUUUCUUGGGCGGAAGUGAUGAACUGGUGGAAGCGCUGGUGGCGGACGAGGGACGGCCCCAGGGACCGAAAAGCCACUACUCGGUGGGAGAUGGACUACAAUUUGCUGGAGUGUGAUCGUAUGGCGCUUUUCGAUGAGUACCUGGAGAUGGUCAUCCAGUUUGGUUUUGUGACUCUAUUUGUUGCAGCAUUUCCUUUGGCGCCUCUUUUCGCCUUACUCAACAACAUCGUGGAGAUUCGUCUGGACGCCUAUAAAUUUGUCACUCAACUACGGAGGCCCUUGUCAGCGAGGGUACCGAGCAUAGGCGCAUGGCAGACAAUUUUAAAGGGCCUGUCCGUAUUUGCUGUCAUCAGUAAUGCAUUCAUGAUUGCGUAUACCAGUGACUUCAUCCCACGUCUAGUGUAUGUAUUCGUAACCAACCCGGAGCGCAGUCUAGACGGUUACAUAGAGAGUUCUCUCUCCGUAUUUGAUGCAAAACAUUUCUCCAAUGACACCCGCCCACUAGAGCAAACUGACGUUCAAAUGUGCAGGUACCAAGAUUACCGAAAUCCACCCGAUGACCCUGAACGCUAUCAGUUGAAUGUACGCUACUGGCAUAUUUUUGCCGCUCGACUAAGUUUUGUGGUCGUGUUCGAGCAUUUAGUCUUUCUGGUGACUAGUUUGUUAUCGUAUUUGAUUCCGGAUAUCCCAAAAUCAGUACAGCAGAAAAUUCAGAGGAAAAGAUUUCUUGCUCGAGAGGCAUUGUACAGGACUUCCGAAGAAGCAGAAAGGACUUUAGAAGAAGAUACUAUGACUGGAGAAGCCGCUGCUUUGCCGUGCUGAUCUUCAAGAAGCAUUGCAUUCUUUCCCGAACAGAAUAUGUUUCAUCGCCUGAAAUGUGAUACAGCUAUAUGUAGUAUAAAACUCUGCUGGCAGAUUUAUAGAACUUGUGAAUAGCAUUCGGCUUUGCAGUUUGUGGAAACAAUCGGUACUUUUCCUGUUAGCAGGGAGGCACAUCACUUUUACUGAUUUGCAACCUGGGGUUAAGUGUGUUGUAUCAUCAAGGGUUUGUUUUUGCACAACAAAAGGUGCUAAAUACCAUAAUUUGCUUCCUUUGUGCAUAGCCGCCUCAACUAGGGAGGUUGGGCUUUUGUGCUUAUUUUUAUUGAAUCGCACAAAUAUUUUAAAAGCAGCGCAGAAGUUAACAACGAUAGUCCGGGAUGCAUGAAUUCCAUGUGGACUACUCAAUUAGCAACUAAAUAGUUGUUAUGAUUUUUAAUCGAAUAAAACUAAUAUGUGAAGGGCGGCCAUAUGUAAAAUUGCAAGGGGGCUCAGAUAUUUUAUCCAUGGUGUAGCAGGAUCUUUUCCCCAUGGAAACCGGUUUCAGGACAGUUUAGAGUCAUUAAAAAUUGACAUUUUUAAUAACUUAUUCAUUAAUGGCUGGAGAAGAAAUGUUUUUACAUUUUUGCAAAGAAAAGUAUUAAAAGCAAGGAAGUUCUAGUUUCUAAGGGGGGCUCGAGCCCCCCUUGCCCCCUAUAUGGGCGCCCUUGAUGUGGCAGUUUUUUGCCAUUUCGGUUCUUGAAUAAUAAUCCCUAUUUUGUAGGCGACUUUGAACGCGUACUUCAGAUUUUACAAAUAAUCCUAAUAGGAUUUUUUUUAUAUACAAGGCAUUCUUAUGGCAUUGCUUGUCUGAAAACAAACAUUACAAACUCUUUAAUUGAAAAAAAAAAAACAUUAUACUCAGCAUGGAGUUCUAUCGCAUAUUUCCCAUGCUUCUAUUUGAUACCGA